CAUAAAAAGAUGAAUCCAGCAUUUAUGAUUUUCAGUGCUUUCCUUGUCUGGUUUUUGAACUAUGAAACUUGCAUUGCUGGAGAAGGGAAAGCCAAAAACCAAUCCAUCCUUUCUUUAAGCCAAGGGCGUAGUCAUGGCGGUAGCCACCGCAAAGGCGGCCGGGUUUGGAGGUUGAUGAAAGAGAGUGACACCGCACAAGCAGAGCCGACGACGAUGGAGCAACAAAAUGGUGGCAAGUCGGCCACCUUUAAUGUGUUGGACCAUGGGGCCAGAGGUGAUGGUAAAACAGAUGAUUCAAAGGCGUUUGAAGCUGCCUGGGCGGAUGCUUGUAAAGUGGUGGCAUCAACGGUGGUGGUGCCGUCAGGGCAUGUGUUCCUACUCAACCCCAUCUCUUUCUCAGGCACUAACUGCGAACCGAACAUUGUUUUUCAGCUGGAUGGUAAGAUUAUUGCUCCAACAAGCUCUGCAGCCUGGGGAUCUGGUCUCCUGCAAUGGCUUGAAUUCACGAAGCUCAACGGGAUUACCAUCAGAGGUAGUGGUACCAUCGACGGCCAAGGUUCAGUAUGGUGGAAUGAAUCACCCGUGGACAAUCCCACAAACGAUUUAGAAUCAUCUGCAUCUUCAGCAAAAGAAUCAAACUAUAGCAGCUCACAGGAGGUGAGUAUUGAGGCCGCUGGAAAGAUGCCAAGCACCAGACCAACAGCACUCAGAUUCUAUGGUAGUUCACAUGUUACAGUGACCGGAAUAACAAUCCAAAGCAGCCCAAAAACUCACCUCAAAUUCGAUGCUUGCACGGCUGUUCAGGUUUUUGAUGUGCGUGUUUCAUCCCCCGGUGACAGUUCUAAUACAGAUGGAAUCCACCUGCAGAAUUCUAAAGAUGUUGUCAUCUACAGCACUACUAUUGCUUGUGGAGAUGACUGUGUCUCCAUCCAGACCGGAUGCUCAGGUGUAUACAUACACAAUGUGAAUUGCGGACCUGGACAUGGAAUCAGCAUUGGAGGGCUAGGAAGAGACAACACCAAAGCUUGUGUCUCAAACAUUACUGUGAGAGACACCGCAAUUCAUGACACGUUAACAGGUGUAAGGAUAAAGACAUGGCAGGGCGGUUCAGGCUCUGUGCAAGGAAUCAUGUUCUCCAAUAUUCAAGUUUCUGAAGUUAAAAUUCCAAUCAUGAUAGAUCAAUUUUACUGUGAAGGGAGCAAGUGCCAAAACAAAACAUCAGCAGUGGCUGUCUCAGGCAUAUCAUACCAAAAUAUAAAAGGGACUUACACUGUAAAACCCGUACAUUUUGCAUGCAGCGACAACUUGCCAUGCACAGGCGUAACCUUAAACACUAUAGAGCUCAAAGCACUUCAAUCAGAAAGCAACAAAUUGAGUGGACCAUUCUGUUGGCAGACAUAUGGAGAGUUAAAAACCGUCACGACCCCUCCAAUUGACUGUUUGAAGAUGGGCAAGCCAAAAAGUAAUCAAAUUCAGUCUAAUGUGGACUCAUGUUGAACUUAGAUAAAGGUAAUUUAGCACAUAUGUGUAUGAGAUGACAGGUUUUAUGGGGCACAAUAUUAUGCCGUAUAGGUGUGCCACAAGUCUUUAUAGGAGUUAUGCUUCUUCCUUGCUAAAGGUAGAGAGGUUCCUAGGACAUUGAGGAUGCAGGACUUCCCCUUAUCUAGAGCAUAUUUUAAGCAAGAGUUUUAUACUGUCCAGUCAUCGGACAUGUAAUGCAGCCGCAGGUAAGCUAUUUAGAUGACCUAUUUGUUUUCGAAUAAAUAGUUUGAAGAUAUGGAGCUACAUCCAAGGUUCUAAUACCUAGAAACUAUGCUAAAAACUGUUAACCUGAAAAG